AUGCACCUUGUUUACAAAACUGAAUAUCCAUCUUCUCCCUCAACGCGUCUUCCUGAACCUUCCUGGAUAUUCAUUGACUGUUACUCAAUUGCAAGCAAACGCUACAUAGCGACUCCACAAAUUCCAGACGCAAAGCGGAUUUACGAGAAAACAUACUACUCGCAUGCCCCCACCAGUAGUAUCACCGUUACACCAUCCCGGGCAUGCCCGAUCUCGCAUCAACCCCCCGUUCCGUACCCUCCAUUACCACAAAACUUCACAGUGUCCUCGCUGGCCCACCCAAACCCUGUCCAGUACAGCUGUUCGUUGCCCAGUUCUCCAAACGUUGUGAUUCUACCUCCACUAAUGUUCCUACCACGUAUCAUCAGUCCCUACAUUCCCGUGGCAGCGAGCCAGUCGAUGGUCACCUCGUGUUUCUUGGUCCAAUCGGAUCCAGCUGUGCGUGUUCCGUGUGCGGUCAAUUCCACUGUCACAGAUGCCCUCGUCACACCGAUUCCAACAGCGCUUCGUGAGCCUUCCCAAACAGCCACAUCCAGUAACAUCAGAUCUACCCCACCGAUCAGUCGACCUGCCGAACGCAACAUGAUUGCCAUCCUACCGAAGGAGCCCCCGUUGGUAAACUUGCAGACGCCUGCUGAGGCGCUCAGUAUUCGCACAAUGGAGUUGAAUUCUCGAAAGUUAUGA